AUGCCUGCCAAACCGACUGGCACGUUUGACUGGGCGGCUGUCCAGCGGGAGAUAUUUUCUGCUGCCGACCCCCAGUCUGCCGACGAGUCGUCGUUCCCGCGCAACCCUGCAGGUGCUCAGCCCGAGUCCCAUGAUCAGCGCAUGCGAAGCCUCAGUCUGUCUCUGCCCUGGCGCCGCCCAAAGAGCGCCCUGUUCGCCCCCGACGAUUAUAACACAAACGAGGAUGCCAUCGACGACUCCCACGAUCAAUAUACAAACCCCGACCAUAGACGCCACGGUACUGCCGGCGCACUGAAAGGCAUGUUUCGACGCGCGUCGCACUCCAUUAAAGGCAUGGUGCACCGCCGCCCGUCGCUUCUGAGCGAAGAACCCAUCUACGAGCAAGACAACUCUGAAUCGAGACCAUCCACAGCCAACUCGACCUGGAACAAGCUGCGCCAGGCCACCGGCUUCCGCCAUACGCGCUCCGUCCACGGCCUGGAUGCUUCAUACCAGGCCAGCCUGCCAUAUCGGCCAGGACCGGCCAACGUUCCCAUUCCCGCGCUCGGUGACGCACCCCCCUACAUCCCCGAGCACGGCGGCGCUGCCGCCAAGGCCUCUGCUGCCAUGCAAAACGAGUUCUUUGCCCGCAACGGAUGGCUCUACCAGUCGACAAGCGAAGACGGAAACGAUCGCGAAAGCGGGAUCGGCAUUGUUCUUACAGGCACCAGCGCUGACUUCGACCUCGACGCCGAAGCUGCUCCUGUCGCGGCCAGCAUCAGCCGUGUGGAUUUCAUUACUGCGCUGCCCAUGGAGCUGGCCAUCCAGGUCCUCGCCAAGCUCGAUGCCGCCGCGCUCGCCAAGCUGAGCGCCGUCAGCAAGCGAUGGGCGGACGUUAUCCGAAACCAGCACAUCUGGCGCGAGUCCUUCUUCCGCGAGAUGGGCAAGACGUAUGCGGCGAGCGGCCCCGUGCAGCCCGGCACCAGGCUCGGCAUCCCCAAGACGGUGCCCGGCAACGACUGGAAGCGCGCGUACCAGGUUCGGCGGCAGCUGAACCAGCACUGGGAGGACGGGCGGGCGUACCCCGUCUACCUCAGCGGGCAUACCGAUAGCGUGUACUGCCUCCAGUUUGACGAACACAAGAUCAUCUCGGGCUCCCGAGACAAGACGAUUCGUGUCUGGGACAUGCGCACGCUCGAGUGCCACCUCGUCAUCGGGCCGCCCGACGUCGUGCGCGCCAAGGAGAUGCUCCUCGACGACGAGCUCGGCGAGACGCACUACGCCUCGAGCCCCGACGACGACCGCAUGGUCGUCUCGACGCCCGAUGUGGCCGCCUUUGACGUCCACCACAUGGCGUCGAUCCUGUGCCUGCAGUACGACGACGAGAUCCUCGUCACGGGCUCGUCCGACGCCACCGCCAUCGUCUACAGCAUCAAGAACGGCUACCGCCCCCUGCGCCGCCUCGAGCACCACAGCGCCGCCGUGCUCGACCUCGUCUUUGACGACGCCCACAUUGUCACCUGCAGCAAGGACACGACCAUCUGCGUCUGGGACCGCGCGACGCUCACCCUCGUGCGGCAGCUCCGCGGCCACGCCGGCCCCGUCAACGCCGUCCAGAUGCGCGGCAACACGGUCGUCUCCUGCUCGGGCGACUUCCUCGUCAAGCUCUGGAACCUCGACACGGGCAAGACGGUGCGCGAGUUUGCCGGCCACACCAAGGGCCUCGCCUGCUCGCAGUUCUCGGAAGACGGCCGCUACAUUGCCUCGGCCGGCAACGACAAGAUGAUUCGCGUCUGGGACGCACACACGGGCGCCUGCGUGCACGAGAUGCGCGCCGCCCACGACAACCUCGUCCGCAGCCUGCACAUUGAUUCAGUCAGCGGACGACUUGUCAGCGGCAGCUACGACACCGACAUCAAGGUCUGGGACAUGGCCUCGGGCCGCCAGCUCCUCGACUUUCCGCGCUGGCACGCCAGCUGGGUCCUCUCGGCGAAGAGCGACUACCGCCGCAUCGUCAGCACCGGGCAGGCGCCCAAGAUUCUCGUCAUGGACUUUGGCGCCGGUGUCGAUGGCGUCGAGAUGCUCGAGAGCAGCGGCGGCGGCCAAGGCGAUGCUCUGCCCUCGCGCGACAGCGGCUUUUUCUGA